CAGCAUAUGAAAAAAUUAAAGUUGCAAAGGCAAAAAUUAUUGAAUUUGAAUCCUUGUUUAAUUUAGCUAUGGAUGUAAGUAUUCGACAUGAUCUUUUUGUUCAAAUACAAGAAAACAAAGAUGUUAUUAAUGAAUGCUCAAAAAAAAUUGAUAUACUUAAACGAUGUGCAAAUAAUCAAGCCCAGAUGGAUUGUCCUAGAAGACUAUCAAUGCUUGCACAAAAUUCAGACCUUCUUAAAAAUAUUCACAAUUGUGUUGAAUUUG